AUGGAGGAAGAGAAACAAACCGAACAAAAUGACCAAAACACCCUCGAGAACCAACCCAAUUCACAGCCCACUCCACUCUCCAAAAACGCACAAAAGAAACUACUGAAGCAACAAAAAUGGGAAGCAAAGAAAGCAGAGAAGAAAGCACAAGUGAAGGAGCAAAAAAAGAAAGAAGCAGAGAGGAAGAGAAAGGAAUGGGAAGCGACACUAUCAAGCUGUGCAAGUGAAGAAGAAAGGCUGAAGCUUAUAGAGUCACGGAGAGAGUUAAGGAAAGAGAGAAUGGGGAAGAGGGCAGAAGAGAAAGAAGAGAAGGUGCAGAGGCUUAGUAAAGCUAAAGAAUUUGGUCAGAAUAUUGUGAUUGACCUUGAGUUUGCUGAUCUUAUGACUGACAGUGAGAUUCAUAGUCUUGUUCAACAGAUUAUGUAUUGUUACGCUGUGAAUGGAAGAUGUACGUCCCCUGCUCACCUCUGGUUGACUGGUUGCAGAGGGGAAAUGGAGAACCAAUUGCAAAGGCUCCCAGGAUUUGAUAAAUGGAUUAUUGAGAAGGAAAGUCAAUCGUAUAUCGAAGCAUUGCAGGAUCAAAAGGAAAAUUUGGUGUAUCUUACAGCAGAUUCUGAAACAGUGCUAGAUGAACUUGAUAUGAAGAAAAUAUAUAUUGUUGGCGGGUUGGUAGAUCGGAAUCGGUGGAAAGGCAUAACCAUGAAGAAAGCAAACGAGCAAGGAAUCCAAACAGCAAAACUUCCUAUAGGCAGUUACUUGAAGAUGUCAAGUUCUCAGGUGCUUACUGUAAACCAAGUGGUGGAGAUCCUGCUCAAGUUUGUGGAAACAAAAGAUUGGAAAACUUCUUUCUUUCAAGUAAUUCCUCAAAGGAAAAGAGGCGAAACUGAUUCAGAAGAACUCCAAGGAGUAGAUGGAGAAGAGCUGAUAGACGAAGAUGACCCAUCUGAGAAGAAAAAGCAAUGCAUUGAAGUUUCACCUCUAAGGAAAAGACGUGAAACUGAUUCAGAAGAACUCCAAGGAGUAGAGAGAGAAGAGUUGUUAGACGAAGAUGACCCAUCUGAGAAGAAAAAGCAAUGCAUUGAAGUUCCUUCUACACAGCAGAACUAA